AUGGCAGCGAAAAAAAAGGAAGCAGUCAUACCUGCAUUAGCAGAUAGCGUUGGAACGCCAGUCAAUCCAAUGAGAGCCUCAGAAAUAUUUGGUGCAUUGGAUACAGAACCUGGAGCCCUUAUUUCCCCGGAAGAUCAAAGGCAUGGUUCCAACAAUCCCACUAUACAAUCUUCUCAAGUAGUCUGGUCUGCUAACAGAAACAAUCCUGUUAAAGCAAAUGCAACCUUGAAUGUCACUCGAGAUGGAGAUUUGAUCUUGGCAGAUGCAGAUGGUAGAAUAGUUUGGUCAACCAAUACUGGUGGCAAGUCUGUUGCAGGCUCAAACUUGACUGGAAUGGGAAAUCUGCUACUCUUUGACAGCAAGAGUAGAUCUGUUUGGCAAUCAUUUGAUCACGAAACAGACUCUUUGGUUCUCGGACAGAAGCUUCAUUCCAGUCAGAGGCUGUCUUCUCGAAUAUCAGAUUCAAAUUCAAGUCAAGGCAUAUACUCCCUUGCAGUUGAAAAUGGAACCUUGGUUUCCUAUAAUGAAUGCAGCCCCCCACAGGUCUAUUUUUACCCAGACAUGUACGAGGGUUUAAGUGCUGCAACUAUACCUCUUGAUGUUAAGUUUGAGAAUGGAAGCUUUGACAAUUACGCGCUUUCACCAGCAGCCCAAGUAAUGAAAUUAGAGUCUGAUGGACAUUUAAGGGUUUAUGCCUCGUCAAAUUCAGAUUGGGUAGUGAUAAGUGAUCUCUUAUACACUGGCGAUUGUGGAUACCCAAUGCUGUGGGAAAGUAUGGCAUUUGCUCAAGGAAUCAAUGCAGUUGCUCUGAAAUUGAUAAUGGUGACACAAGCUUUUUCAGACCUGUGA